AUGGCGGCUUCAACAUCUGGAUCCAGUGGGAAGACACCCCUUACAAAAGAUGAUGCUUUGGUUAUUUGGGACGCAGUCUCGCCACAUCUUACCCAUGCUUUUAAUACAGCAGAUGGGCAAUCGCUAGAAUAUCUAUACUAUGGACUAGUUGACUUUGUAUUUCAACAUUGCGCACUCCAAGAGAACCAGAGGCUAUACGAAGCACAAAAACAAUUUCAACUCAUUCUACACUCCCAAUACCACCUUGCAAUUGACCUCUCUAAUCCAGAUGUUGCAUCACCUAGUGAACAAUCUAGCGGUAGCCAGACUGCACUCAAACAAGACAAUUCUGGUUGCCCCAAAUUAGAAGAUGAAAAUGACGAUGGAGACGAUGAAGAUGAAGAUGGAGAAGAAGAAGAUAUCACCAACUUUACUCUCAUUGCUAGCUCGGGGCAUGACGGAACGGAUAUUUUGAUAUGUGUUAUUGAAGUGAAGCCGCACGGCAGGACCGCGGGAUCAAAACGGCUACAUUUUGUGAAAUGCCAGCAACAACUACUGCGUCAAGCACAGGCAGCUUUUGAUACCUACCCCUCACAGGACAGUGUCAAUGUCUUCUGUGUUCUUGGUCGUUUCUGGAAGCUAGUUUAUUUCAAGCGAGAGAUUUUCAACGCGAUGACUUGCUUCAGAUGA